CGAUCUUUCCUGGACAUCUUCAUAUGAUGACGACACAAUGACCAAAAGGACAAGGUGAGAAGUGAGAUCGCUCAUGACGACAGUCCUCAACUCACUCUCGCUGUAAAAUUUGCCCAUAGUCAUUCCCAGUUACAGUGUCGCUCCUCAGCUGCCAGAACUCACACCUCUUUUUUACUUACUUCAAUUAUCGAUGGCGAUUGUCGUCCUUUAUUUGAGCCUGUGGAUAUAAAAGGCACCUACAAAUUCAGAGGCUCAACUCAAUAUUUCCACUGAAGGCUUUUUUGAGCACGAUGAGGUUCUACGAGUUGUUUCUCUUGUCAAUUCUUCUGGGUGUUGCAAGCUCUGGAGAGGCGAUGCCGAAAGGAGAGCAGCCUCUCUCGAAAAUUGCUAUCCACAAUACUAUACUUGCUUUUGAUAAAUCGGCUUAUAUUAAGGCUUCUCCGUUUGUUCUUGGAUUGAAGGGAGAGAAUACGGAAUGGGUGACCGUAGAGUAUGGCACUCCAAGCCCAACAAACGAUGAUUGGAUUGGAGUUUUUUCUCCUGCAAAUUUCAGUGCUUCUCUCUGUCCUGCGGAAAAUGAUAGAGUUUCUCCUCCAUUAUUGUGUACUGCACCUAUUAAGUACCAAUUUGCAAACUACUCAAACGGAGAGUACACAGGCACUGGGAAGGGAGUUUUGAAGCUGCAAUUGAUCAACCAGAGAUCUGACUUUUCUUUUGCACUAUUCACUGGUGGACUCUACAGUCCGAAGCUGUUGGCAGUGUCAAAUGCAGUAGCUUUUGCAAAUCCAAAGGCACCCGUUUACCCACGCUUGGCCCAAGGCAAAGCAUGGAAUGAAAUGACUGUAACUUGGACAAGUGGGUACAGUAUUAAUGAAGCAGAACCUUUUGUUGAAUGGGGCAAACAAGGAGGAGACCAAAUGCGUUCACCAGCUGGGACACUGACUUUCAAUCGUAAUAGCAUGUGUGGUGCACCAGCAAGGACAGUGGGGUGGCGUGAUCCUGGAUUCAUACACACAAGUUUUCUGAAGGACCUGUGGCCCAAUUCAGUAUAUACAUACAAGGUGGGGCAUCACUUAUUUAAUGGUACAUAUGUUUGGAGUCAGACAUACAGUUUCAGGGCAUCUCCCUAUCCUGGUCAGGAUUCUCUACAACGUGUAGUCAUUUUCGGGGAUAUGGGAAAGGCAGAAGCUGAUGGUUCCAAUGAAUAUAAUAAUUACCAACCUGGCUCCCUUAACACUACUCAUCAGCUUAUCCGAGACUUAAAGAACAUUGAUAUCAUCUUCCACAUUGGAGAUAUAUGUUAUGCAAAUGGUUAUCUUUCACAAUGGGAUCAGUUCACUGCACAGGUUGAGCCAAUUACUUCAAAAGUGCCUUAUAUGAUUGCCAGUGGUAACCAUGAGCGUGAUUGGCCUGGAACCGGAUCCUUCUAUGGGAAUAUGGAUUCAGGUGGAGAGUGUGGUGUGCCAGCUGAGACCAUGUUUUAUACUCCUGCAGAAAACAGGGCUAAGUUCUGGUACUCUACAGACUAUGGCAUGUUCCACUUCUGCAUAGCUGACACAGAACAUGAUUGGAGAGAAGGAACAGAGCAAUAUAAAUUUAUUGAGAACUGCCUAGCUUCUGCUGACAGACAGAAGCAACCAUGGUUGAUCUUCCUUGCCCAUCGAGUACUUGGUUAUUCUUCAGGUAGUUUUUAUGCUGAAGAGGGGUCUUUUGAGGAACCAAUGGGGAGAGAAAGCCUCCAGAAACUUUGGCAGAAGUACAAGGUCGAUAUAGCUGUCUAUGGCCAUGUUCACAACUAUGAAAGGACGUGUCCAAUCUAUGAGAAUAUUUGUACCAAUAAAGAAAAAUCACACUAUCAGGGUCCCUUGAAUGGAACCAUCCAUGUAGUUGCUGGGGGAGGAGGUGCUAGCCUUGCAGAUUUCACCACAAUUCAGACCAAAUGGAAUUAUUACAAGGACCAUGACUUUGGAUUCAUAAAGCUUACAGCAUUUGACCACUCAAAUCUGCUGUUUGAGUACAAGAAGAGCAGUGAUGGGAAGGUCUAUGACUCCUUUAGAAUCUCACGAGAUUAUAGGGACAUCUUGGCUUGCAGUGUUGACAGUUGCCCAAGCAUGACAUUAGCUUCUUGAUGAGAAAACACUUGCAUAUGCAUAAAUUUUUACUCAUUGCAGUGGUAAAUUGUCAUCUCUUUCAUGUUCCACCCCAGAAGAGUAGAAAACAUAAAUUCUAGUAUCCUAGUCUUUGUUGACCAGGAGUCUAGACUGAACUUUGUAAAGAAAAUUAAGAGCUAUAUAUUUGUCCAUUUAAGUCGAUGGUUUUAGCUCUCUCAUGAACUUUAAGGAGGUGCAAUAAUGCAUGAUCCAUACAAAGAUGGGCUCCUCCAUAGUUUAUCAUCA